AUGACAAUACUGCAGCUGCUGCUGCUUCUGCUGGCAGAUGAUAUUCUCUGCUGCCAAAUAAGGCUCUCACAUCUCUCACAUUCUCUCUGGGUGGGAGUUCUGCCUUCUUCACUGAGCUUUCGGUUUGAGAGUGUCGCACGACUCGAUAGGCCAAUGGAGCGAUCCAGCGCUGCCAAAUGAUUCAUGCAUGACUUGCUGGUGCAGCUGAAUUGAUGCCCUGCACUCGAAUGAAAUGCGCGCUACUCGACUCUCGAGUGCUGGCUGCCUCGGAAACUCUGGUUAGUAUCGGGGUAGGGUUCGAAUGAUCCGCUCCCCAUUCAUAACGAGCCACCACAAGGCCCACAAGCCCCCGGCACCAGCCCCAGCCCCAGCACCAGUGCUCGAGUGAGGGACGAAGUGAGUGCCACUGGAGCUGCUCCUCCGCUUCGUUGUUCCUCAUGAACAGACGAGCAGCAGAUGAGCAGCCCAUGGGCUUCGGUCAGACCGGUCUCGGGAACGGGACUGCUCAGGCACAUUAUUCAUGACUUUCUGCUGCACAACGAUUCCCUGGCAGCGAAUGAGAAAGCCUCUGGAAUCAAAUCUGGGUGUUAUUGCUGCCUGCCUACUUAACCCUCGCUUUUCAAGACACUGGACCACCGGAGACAUGUCAUGCAUUGGGCCCCAUCACAAAACCCUCAGCAUCUGGAGUCAUUCUGCGGUGUAAUGGCCGCAUGUCUGCCUAACUAUAGUUCCCAUCCGCGGCCCAGCCCCGCUUGCCAAGCCCAGCCCCCGAGCCAAUCCGAAGCCCACCCCCCCGGGGCCUAGGCUGCUAGCCCCCUCGGCCCUCCCCCCUCGCCACCGGUCAUGAGUGCCGGUCCAGGCCGAUUAACUAUAGUUAGGAUGAGUCCAACGCUCCAGCUGCAUCGGGGCUUGAGUCCCGGGGAGAAACCUCAUCAAUGCCCUCGGCUCGAGAGAGCAAACAGAGAACGCAGGCGGAGGAGAGAGAAGGAGUGUGCAUAUGAGCGAGCGAAGGAGCGAGCAGAUUCAUCUGACACGCCUGAGGAGGACGAUGAUCGGAGGGAGACAAGGGCAAGAGAGAGAGAGAGAGAGAGAAAGAUAUGGGCAUGUGAAGGGGGGCAUGCAGAAUCUGCAGAUUUGAGCCUGCGCUUGUCAACCAACGCCAACGCCAACGCCUACACUCCAUUCAGUCCAUCGGCAUUGCUAAUGUUCCCACACGCCCUAUGAGAUCACACCUUCGUUGGCCCUUCACGUGGGAUGCAGAGAUUCUAGAUCAGGACUCAGGAGAGACUGAAGCCAAAUUUAACUGCCUUGCAAUGAGUGACUAUUGUCUGGAGGGGGCCAAGGAAGAAUAAUUACUGCGAAUGAUGAGUAAUUUCUUCUGGUGUUGCGGACGACGAGCAGAAAAGCAGCCCCGGCGCUUAGCCCCUGCCUUAGCCCCUUAGGAGGCCAUGAGUGGCCGGCCAUCUUAGAGGAUGAGAACGACCUCGCAUUAAAGUUACCCCCACCCCACUAAGCAAUGAGUGUUGUGCUUAGGCGAGAGCCCCGACUCGAGUUUGAACUUCGCCACAAAAAGUUGCCUCCCUUCUCUUUCUUACUCGACAGCCCAUAGAUCGGAAUGUUGCUGCGUAGAUAAGCACGGGUUCAAGUAAAGCUCGCGCUCAUUGGUGCCAAAUUACUGCGGUGUCAUAAAAUUAGCUUUUCUCCACCAACCACCUUGUGCUCCCCUGGAAAGAGCACAGCCCCGCCAACUUGUCACCCUUCCAUGGGCUAACUUUGGGUCCACGAAUUCCCCGUCCCGAGUGCACUCUCGAGCCUGUUGCAUCGUGAGAGACGACGACACACUCCUCCAGCUCUCCAACUCGACACACACUCUCCGCUCUCCGGCCCGGGGGCUAGCUCCCCGCUAUCCUCGCAGCUAACAUUAGCCCCCUCUCCUCAAUCCCCAGAUCGCAGAGGGUCCAUUUGGCACAAGCUCAGAGCGAGCAGCGUUCCAUUGGAGGCAAAUCUCGUCGAGCCUGACCUCAAGCUCAACACAAGUUUGUCACCACGCUGAGAACUCGUGGUUCUGGACCCCAGCCUGAGCUCGACCUGAUUGGAGGAGGUCACCGGGAAAACCGAGUGAGAACUCGACCCCGGAAGCGGAUCUGCUUAAUUCUAGGACCGAGCUGUAUUUGAGAUCUCUAGCAGGGAGUGUUUAUCCAGCUGACUAAAGACCGAGCACGAUUACUCUGACACGAGUAAGUUCUUCUUAACCCCCGGGCAUGUCGACUCAGAGUUACAUUGACACAUCAUAAGCCUUCCGGCUGUUUUGGGGUACCCGGCUUACCCACUUCAAAGCUGGAGAUGGUUCCAAUCCUGACCUGGCCUGUGCUAAUCCACUUGGGUUUGACAUUUGUUUCUCAUGCUAAGAUGAGCAUAAGCAGGAGAUUAGGAUUGACAUAACUCAAGUCAAAAUGUGUUAAAUCUCUGACCGUCUACAUGUUGGCUCUCCUGUUACCAAGGAGUUGAACUCCAGCAGCCGUACCUGGUUUGUAGGAUCAACUGCUACUUACCAAACUCACUUUCAGCUCCUCGUACUUUUAGCAAGGUCUCAGGGUUUUGGUUCCAUGUUAUCCAUGGGGUUUUUCACUGGCUGGAAGAGCACCUGUUUUACGUUCUCGCGUGGGUUCCAAUCCUGACCACGCUUUCUGUUCCUAUCCAGGUAUGACGUCCUCGAUUCCCGCAUGGAAGCUUACAACGACUUUUACCUAAUGCGCUUGUUCUGGGUGCCUUUGGAGCCCUCGCUGUUUUUCUUGUUUUGAGCUGUACUGUCGUGUUUUACCCCUAGCCCCCCUUUGACAAGGCCUGGACUGGUCACUGGUCACUCACUGGUCACUGACUUGACACUGGUCCUGCUUCUGUUCCGAUACUAUUCGCUGCAGAUUACAUUUCGCGUCCAGACUUAGCAGCUGACGGACUUUAGUUCAGUUCAAGGGCUGUUUUGAAACCUGAAGUAAAGGUGGUUCUCGGUGCUUGAGGUUUUGCACUCCAGGCUUGGAAACUCUGCGACCGUCCCAUUUCUCAGCCAAAUUUAGGAAUGCAAGUUCAUAGUUUCUAGAUGCGAGAAUGUGAGGACGAUCCAAAAUAUCGAGGACUUCCUCCAUUGUGGGACGAUGGUGGAUUGCAUUUUGAGAUAGUUCCAUGCUCCAUGCGCUCAAACAGGUUACCAACUCUUGAAGACAAGACCCCGAGGAAAGAGGUUGGUUCUUUUUAUGAGUUCUUCUCGAAGGGUGCAAGGGAGGGAUGGAGUGCAAGCUGCUAAUAUGGUCGGUACACCAUUUAACUGGACAAUUAUUCUUUAUUUUAAGUGUUCAGACCACUACCUUACAUGGGAAGUUCGCGGGUGUGCUUUUCCCAGAAUUUCCCGGAUUUUCGCCAUCUAAUUGUAAGAAAAUGUGUUUCCAUCGAUACUUGCCCUGACGUUUCAUGAAUAAAUUUAUCAUUAUCUGGUUAUUAUCUGGUUCAUUAUCGAAGAGGACAUGGCAGUUUUGCGAAAUUAGGUGUCAACAGCCCACACCCAAUGCUUCUAGAAACCCCAAGCUCGACCCUCGUAUCCUUUUCCGGAUCUUUGGAUUCCAACAUUGAUCUUCAGUCAGGCCUACUUUCCCAGGGAGCAUUUUGACUCCCAACGUUCGAUCGUCUCCGCCUCCGGGGGUGCAGAUUUGAAGGUUGACUUGACCCAGAUCGGAAACCGUGGAAAGCGCUGGGCCUACUAACACUAACCCCGGUUAAGGCUGACUUUACACCAGAUACGCCUUCCUCGGAGCGGCCUACUUUGUUGCUAAGUCGGGGGGCUUCCAGGUUGACUUGACUUUAGCACCGGACUCUUUCCGCAAUUCGGGAGGUUUUAAGGCUUAUGGGGUUGGGGUUGGGGGUGGGGCUUGGGCUUGGGCUUGUGGACUCACUGUGCCCACUUUUAGCCCGAGGGCUAAGAGAGCCAAGUUCCAGUUAAUAUGGGGUUGCGCCUCUCCCCGAUGCGAGGAGCUGAGCACGAGACGAGCGAUCACGUCUAAAAUAGCCGCAGCGUUAUAGGGGGGCUCUCUGCUCAGACGGCGCUCGUUUAGCGCCACCUCCAACAUGGCGCAUCAUGAGUAUGAAAUAGCGGGACUGUCGCUAUAAUCGGGCCUGCGCAUGCGUGCCACCAAGAUG